GGUUGUCAGAGUAGUGACGAUGAAGCCUGAUGGGAGGGAGAGGCGCAAUGGCAGACGAUCGAAGGAGAAUGCGGGAGAGCGAUCAGCAGGAGGAUAUCGUUUGAGCUAGCUGGACCAUCCGGGAUUGCUAGAGUGCAGUCAUAGGUCAACAUCAGAAAAGAAACCUCCCUCGCGGUGAUGUCAAAAGCAAACACCAACCAAACUACAAACAUUGGGGCUGGGAAUGAGACUGAGUACUGGGACUUUGUGCACAGGAAGGUGGAGAGGACUGACCUGGGUCAUCGAUGCAGAGAGUGUAAGCAACCGUUCGAUCGGCUGGGAGACCCUCUGACGGAGCGAAGAGGAGCAAGAGUGUCAUUGAGGUAUCACACCAGCUGCUUCUCAGGGUACAAGGAUCCGCGAUCACAGUCCUUGUCGUCGGCUUAUGUUGGGACGCUUUCGGGAACUCAGUCCUCCCAAGCACCAACAAGUCGAACCCAUAAGAUGAGAACAGACUCUCAUUUCAGUCUCCCGGCGCCCAAGAAAUGAUAUGCCAUGAAGAAUCAUAUGAUACAAUGCAUGUUCUCCUCCCUCUUGUGCGAGUGACGCUAUCCCCCCAAGUUAGAUUUUACGAUACUUGUUGAGGACGAUCAAACUGAGAUGGUAGUAUCGACUCAUUCCAGUGUCAUAUGUGCUAUAUGUGAAUACAAGGAAUCUAAGC